AUGUCGUCGACACAAGCAGAAGCACCCUGGCAAGCCAUUGCCCGGCGCAAACAAGCCGACCGGGCAGCCCGCAUCCCGGCUCAAUGGCUGAUUCCUCACAGCCACAGCCAACUACUCCCCAAAGACCCUCCACAAGCCCAGGAUGGGCCUCAACCGGUGCUCGAUGUGCCUCGCCAGUUCCUGUCUGAGGCCGAGAUCUCCAUCACCGAAACCUACACGGUGGCGAGCCUGCUGUCCGCGCUGGCGUCUCGACAGCUCUCAGCGGCCGAAGUGGCCGAGGCGUUCAGCCACCGCGCAGCCAUCGCGCAGCAAUUGACCAACUGCAUCACCGAGCCGUUGUUCGACAGCGCCAUCAAGCGGGCCAAGGAGCUGGACCGAUACUUGAAAGAUCACGGCGAGCCGUUCGGCCCGUUGCACGGGCUGCCAGUGUCGGUCAAAGACUCGUUCGACGUGGUCGGGGUCGACUCGUCCAUCGGACUGGCGUACCUGUGCGACAAGCCGGCCCAAAAGAACGCGGUGCUGGUCGACCUGCUGUUGUCGCUCGGGUGCGUGAUCGUGGCCAAGACCAACGUGCCGCAGACGCUGGCGUCGCUGGACUCGAUCAACAACGUCUUCGGCCGCACCAUGAACCCCCUCAACCGACUGUGCACGGCGGGCGGGUCGUCCGGCGGCGAAGGCGCCCUCGUCGCCAUGAAGGGCAGCAUGCUCGGCAUCGGCACCGACAUCGGAGGCAGCAUCCGUGUCCCGGCCAUGUGCAACGGCCUGUAUGGCUUCAAACCGAGCCACGGCCGCCUGCCGUACGGCGGCCAGGCUUUGACCGGCCCGGACGGCAUGGGUCGGACCAGCGUCCAAGCCGUGGCCGGGCCCAUUGCCCGCAGCGUCGAGGACAUCGACAUCCUGCUGCGCGAGCUGGUCCCACGCUCCAGCCUCUGGGGCGAAGACUGCGUGCCGGUGGACGCCACAGCAUGGUCAGGUCAUCGACACGGACGUCAACAUGGACGUCAACAUGGUCGUCAACGUCGGCAACCUCACGGCAGUGGCCAGCACGGCGAAUUCGUGGUCGGAGUGCUGCGCAGCGACGGCAACUGCACGCUCCUGCCGCCCAUUGCCAACGUGGUGGACGAAGUGGCGACGGCACUACGCGCCACCGGCAACGUGACCGUCGUCGAUCUGGACUGUCCUCCAGCCUGGACGAAAUGCCAAUCAGUCAUGAGCAAGCUGAUGACGGUCGACGGCGCCGAGGUCAUGGCCGACAUGCUAGCCGCGACCCAGGAGCCACUGGUGCCGUGGAUGUCGACGCGGUUCCGCAAGGGUCAGCCUCAGCCUCUACGCCGCGUCGCCGACCUACAGGCCCAGCGCGCCGCUCUUGAGCGCGAGAUGCUACGUCUCUGGGUCGACGUCGAGUCUGACUCUGACUCCGACUCGGAUGGCCACGGUGGUGGUGGUGGUGGUGGUGGUUGUCCUCGUCGUCGUCAGCGCCUCGAUGCCAUCAUCUGUCCCGUCGCCCCGCAUCCCGUCCCGCCCAUCGACGCCUACAAUGCCGUCGGCAUGACCAGCUCCUGGGUCCUGCUCGACUAUCCCGCCGCCACUGUGCCGGUGCGGCCGUGUCGGCUUUCCGAUCUGCAGCUGGGCGUCCCGCUGGCCGGGGAGCCGCUGGGCUCGUGGGACCGUCGCAAUCGCGAAUUGUGGCGCGAACCAUCCUUCGACCGCAGAAUCUAUCUCGGCACCCCGUUGAGUGUCCAGGUCGUCGUGCCGCGGCUGCAGGACGAGAAGCUGCUCGACGCUAUGGCCUGGGUCGAUGAUGCUGUUAGGGGUAGUGUCAGUGCCAGCACUGGUGGUAGUCCUAGUUCUGGUUCUGGUUCUAGUUCCCACCACACCCACACUGUGAAACCGAGGUUAUAA